ACAGGACUAAGCUUGGAACAAGAGUCCAUGGAGCUGGGCCGCCGAGCAGGUACAACCAUUUUGACCAGGGCCCAUCUGAGCAACAAGGAAGGCCAGCAGGACACGGACCCCAGGAGAACUGCCCACAGCCCCUUGGAAACCUCCAAGUUCAAGCACCAGGCCCCAGCCUCCCCACAACCAUCCCCGCAGCAGGGAGGCAGCCCCCUGGGGCAGGCCUACCAGGAGGGGGGCUGGCCUCCGGCCCCCGCGGCUGUCAGCAAAAGCCACUCUGGGAUGGACUCGCGGCCUGGGUCGUUGAAGAAGGGGGACUACAGACCCUCCCCGAGGGAAAGCAGGGCCGCUUCCCCAGAGGGCGCUCUGCCGCGCGAGGAGCUGAAGCAAAGCCCCAACUCGGGGACCCAGGGCCAGAGGAGCAGCGUCAUUCCUGACAACAUUCGCCACAAGUUUGGGAGCGACAUGGUGGACCAGUUGGUCUCCGAGGAGCAGGCUCGAAGGGCCGUUGACGAAGUCUUUGAGGGCCAGAGGAGGGAAAGCUCAUGGCCCAGCAAGACGCGGAGUUCUGUGAAAGUCGCCUCCAUCUACUCAGACUACUAUGAUCUGGGCUAUAACAUGCGGUCAAACUUGUUUCAAGGGGCCCCGGAGGAGAUGAAGAGCCUCAUGAAGGCCUCCUAUACCCCAGAGGUGAUUGAGAAAUCAGUGUGGGACACAGAGCACUGGCACGGCAGAAAGACGGAUGAUCUGGGACGGUGGCACCAGAAAAAUGCUAUGAACAUGAACUUGCAGAAAGCACUGGAUGAGAAAUAUGGAGAAAAGAGCAAAAGCAAGACCUCGAAGUACUAAAUAUGACCUAGAAGUGGUGCCCUGGAUUCAGAGAAAGCGCUACAAUAAAGUCAACAAUAA